ACUGAUACAAGCAUCCACACUCGUUUGCAAGCGCCAUGGGCACUGUUACUAGCCUUUUCGCGCGCUGGUGGAAUACUGUGCCUGCGCUGGAGGAAGAUGAAGAGGAGGCAGAUGCUACAAAGAGGUACAGGCCGUUGAGGAAACAUCCAGAGUUGUUUCAAGCGCGAGUUCCGGCCACCUGGGUAGCUCCAGAGCUUUUGGAAAUAGUAAAUGCGUGCAAGAGUGGCAAUGCCAAGAAGCCAGAGAUCUGCUCGGCCCUUCGUGUGGAGGUGAAGGACGUCUACUCCUUUCUUUGCUUCAGCCCAGAGUUUGUCAAGCUGUUUGUCUCCGAGAUCGAGAACUUUUAUGCCUCUGGCAUUCCUGCAAGACGACCAAAUUCCAUGAACAACUAUGGGGUUAUCGUCAAUGAAAUUGGCAUGCGGCCCAUGAUCACGGAGUUUCAGCAGCAGUACAUCUGGCCAAUUGCCAAAGUGCUCUUCCCCGAGGAGGCGUCGCAAUUUGACUCGCAUCACUCCUUCAUUGUCCGGUACACAGCCGCGGAAGAUUUGGGCCUGGACAUGCACACAGACGACUCAGAUGUUACCUUCAACGUGUGCCUAGGUUACGACUUCACCGGGGCGACGUUGACGUUCUGCGGCUACAUGGGCGCUCCAGACCAUCGCCAGGCCACCCACGUCUACAGCCACGAGGAGCAACUGCGUGUACGGAGUGUUUGCUUGAUUCUGAUGCUCGGGUUUCUUGUUCGGUUUUGCGCGAAAGCUGCGAGGGCUAAAGCCAUGCUUGCCUGGAUUGCUGAGAUCGGCCGGGCUGUGCUGCACUUGGGAAGCCGCCGGCAUGGAGCUGACGACAUCGAGAAUGGAACCAGGAUGAAUCUGAUCAUUUGGUCCCACAACUCAGCAUGGCGCCGGGCACACCCCAGCCGCUUGCGGCGGGAGUACUACUCCAAGGAAGCGGGCCCUCCAGACCCCGUUUGCCUCAGCUACACUCAUGACCGGGACUUCUUGGCUUACAAGGAAAAGCCCUCCGGUCGAGCCAGUGGCAGGAACAGAGCUUGGUGUCCGCCGCCGGGCAAAGAGUACGAGAACUUCCCGGACUCCGACGAGACCAUGUGAUGUGCGUCUGACCGGACAGCGCGACCCGAGCUUUCAGAAUUCGACUCGAAGCAUAGCAGGCGGUUUCGAGUGUACAGCACAGCCUGGCUGGCCUGGUGCUCCCUUUCUCGGGAGAAUCCCGGCGGGAGAAGCAGUCAGCUCGUGUUCUGCACUUAGCUCGUGGGGAGUC